GCAUGGCUAGGGUUCAUAGUCUAAAGUAUAUUGUAUCUUUAACAUGUUCAAUUGCACUUAACCUCUUGUUAGUUGGCAUGUGCAUGCACAAGAGAUGGCAGCAAAAUUGGACGCAAGAAGCUAUGGCUGAAGCUGAAGCUGUAUCAUCCAUGUCGUGCUCGGGGCAUGGUAGGGCUUUUUUAGAUGGUUUAGUUCUUCAUGGCAAGCCUGUUUGUGAAUGCAACAUGUGCUAUGGAGGAAGUGAUUGCUCACAGCUCCUACCUCAUUGCAUGGUUGAUGCAGAUAGCGGAGAUCCCACUUUUUUGGAACCCUUUUGGAUGAAGAAUGCAGCAAGAAGUGCAGUAGUGGUUGCAGGGUGGCAUCGCAUGAGCUAUGAAUUCAGUGAUGGCUCUCUCAUCUCAGAAGAGUUGAAGGCACACAUUCGAAGUGUGCAUGCUAGUGUUGGCAAUGCAAUAACAGAUGGGAAAUACAUAAUAAUUGGAGCAGGUGCCACCCAUCUUCUUAAUGCUGCAGUACAUGCCCUUUCUUCAAAUGCUUCAUCUUCUUCACCCACAAAAGUGGUAGCUUCAAUCCCAUAUUACCCAGUCUAUAAAGAGCAAACUGAAUUUUUCAAAUCUGAGGAUUAUAAAUUCAAUGGGGACACGUCAAUGUGGAAGAAUGAUAGUUCAAAGUCGAGCUUUAUUGAGUUGGUUACUUCCCCAAACAAUCCAGACGGGCAUCUGAAGAAGGCUGUUCUUCAAGGCCAAUAUGUGAAGACAAUUCAUGAUCUUGCUUACUACUGCCCACAUUUCACACCUAUCCUAGCACCUGCAGAUGAAGAUUUAAUGAUAUUUACACUUUCUAAGCUAACUGGUCAUGCUGGAAGCAGAUUUGGGUGGGCAAUAAUAAAGGAUGAAGGUGUUUACAGAAGAAUGUUAACAUACAUGGACUUGAGCACCUAUGGUGUUUCUAGAGAGACUCAACUAAGAGUGCUAAAGCUUUUAAAGGUAGUCCUCAGUGGAAAUGGAAAAGCAAUGUAUGAAUUCGGAUACAACACAAUGAAGAACCGAUGGAGUAGAUUGAACAAAGUCUUGUCUCGAUCAAAAAGAUUUUCGACUCAAAAAUUAAAGCCUCAAUAUUGUUUAUUUUCCCAGCAAAUCAGAACACCUUCUCCGGCUUUUGCGUGGUUGAAGUGUGAAACAUCAAUAUUAGAAGGUGGUUCUUGUUAUGAAGUUCUGAAAGCACAUAACAUUAGUGGCAGGGCAGGUAGUUUAUUUGGUGUUGAUAAUCACUAUGUGCGUCUUAGCUUGGUUAGGAGCGAAGACGAUUUCGAUUUAUUGCUAAGGCAGAUCAACAACCUAGUUUCUCUGAAAAACAAUCAUAAACGUGUUACUACGACUUCAACUCGUUUAUGGCAAAGCAAUGAGUCUACACUAAUGUUGCCUCGUGAUUGUUCUUGGAACAGAUCAUUAUUGGAUUUGAGAAUCAAAUUAGAGACUUUGUACUCCAAUAUAGUUCGUAGCCAUGCUAAUAUUGGUCUUUCUUUUGAUUUGAAAAAUUUGUAAAUUAAUUUGUAGAGAUGUAAUGUACAAUGAUCUUAUCAAUCGAAAAUGAUGUUUACUACCA